AUGUCCGCGGUGAACGACGUCGUCGUGAUGCGCGCGGAGCUCAACAGGACGCGCGCGGCGCUCGCGAGGAAAGAGGCCGAGCUCGAGGCUGCGAAGAGAGAGCUCGCGGAGCUGAAGGCGGUGCACGAGUUGCGAGGCAGGAGCGACCGCGCGAAGUGCGCGGCCGCGCUGACCGAGGAAGACUUCGAGGACGUCGUGGACGACGCGGAGGCGAUGGAGUCUCCGCGCAGUCGACAUCUGAGGUGGCUCUGA